AUGAUCCUUAGCCUUGCAAGUCUUGGCCUCGCAAUUACACCAUUUAAAUACCCUUAUCUCGCCUGUGGAGGACGUGGUCCGAAUCCACAUAAAUGCCCUGCGUCCUGGACUUGUAAAGAUGACCUUCGAACACCAGACAACUGUGGAUUGAAAUGCGGAAGACCUGGUAUCUGCGUACCUAACAAUGCCCCAUCCUGUGGAGGGAUUACCGGGAAACGGUGUCCAGCGUUCUUCACGUGCUAUGACACUCCAAAUGAUGGCUGCGAUCCGACAAAAGGCGGUGCUGACUGCCUUGGUAUUUGCUUGUAA